AUGACUGAAGUGCAUUCGUUUGGCAACCUACCAGUAAUUGCUCAUUCUUGGAAUAAAGAUCGAACACAAAUAGCCGUAUCAUUAGGUAAAAAUGAUGUUCGUAUUUAUCAAAAGAAGGAUGGUAAAUGGCGAUUGAUACAUACAUUAUCGGAACAUUUAUCUCGUGUGUUAGCAAUCGAUUGGGCGCCUCAAUCAAAUAGAAUUGUAUCAGCUAGUGCUGAUUAUAAUGCUUAUGUUUGGUCUUUUGAAAAUAAUACUUGGAAACAACAAAUGGUUGAAUUACAGCGAACAAGUAGAGCCGUAUGUUGUGCCAAAUGGUCACCCGAUGAAAAUAAAUUUGCUAUUGGUUCAAGUGAUAAAAACGUUGGAAUAUGUUAUUAUGAAACUGAACAAAGAUUUUGGGCAGCAGAAAUGAUAAAGAAAAAACCGAAAUUAACUGUCACGUGUAUCGCCUGGCAUCCAAAUAAUCAAUUGCUUGCUGCUGGCAGUUGCGAUUAUCGAGUUCGAAUCUAUUCGGCUUUCGUUAAAACUGUUGAUCGUGAGCCGCAAGUUUCUAGUUGGGGAAAAAUUACAAAUACAGGAGAACUGCUACACGAAUUUCAAUCUGAAUCGGGCUGGAUUCAUGAUUUAGCUUUUUCACUAUCGGGUGACAUUCUUGCAUGGGUAUCACAUAAUUCAAUUAUAUUUGCUGUGUCAGCAAGAAAUCCAGCCGAAAUUACAAUGGAAAUUACAAAUUAUUUGCCAUUUCGUUGUAUUCUUUUUGUUAGUGAAUCAACAAUGAUUGUUGCAGGUCACGAAUUUUCUCCAUUGAUUUAUAAUUAUGAUGAACGAAAAGGUACACUUAAUUUUGUCGAGAAACUCGAUCAGCAAGAUGGAGUAGUUGGAAAACAAGCGAUUAACGAAGAGACUGAAUUUUAUACGCCAUAUCAGGCAGCUCGUCUAUUUGAUCAAGCAUCAAUGCAAACACAAACACCUGAGCCGGUAUCGACGCAUCAAAGCAUGAUAACACAACUUUUACCUUAUCAAACAGAGCCUAAUUGUCUAUCGAAAAUCAGUUCGGCUGAUUUAUUUGGCCAAGUUGUUAUUUGGAAUUUGAAUGGCAGAAAAAUAAGAAAAUGA